GAUCCCCUCCACUCCCUGUCUCUCUCUCUGCGGAGGCAGCAGCAGCAGCACCACCAGCGUGUGUUUGUGGUGGGGGAGUGGGCAGUGCUCCCAGCCAGCUCCCUGAUCCUGUUAGACCAUCUGCCCUAGGCUCAAGGCUGCUCCACAGGCACCAUGCGGAGGGCCCUGCUGUUUGUAGCCAUUCUGGCCAUCAGCCUGGCUUACAGUUUUGGGGCUGUCUGUGAGGACUCACAGGAGCAGGUGGUGCCUGGUGGGGGCCACAACAAGAAGGACUCGGACCUCUACGAGUUGCCCUCGUCCUUGCUCCGGAAACUCUAUGAUGGCCGCUCAGUCUCUCUGGAUGGAUUGCUCAAAAUGCUGAGCAAGGCUAGCGUGGAUCCUAAGGAAUCGCCACUUCCCCAGAAACGUGACAUGCAUGACUUCUUUGUGGGACUUAUGGGCAAGAGGAACAUCCAGCCAGACACUUCUAUUGAUGUAAACCAAGAGAAUGUCCCCAGCUUUGGCACCCUCAAGUAUCCCCCCAGUGUGGAAUGAGCACUCUGCUUCUGGAUCCCUGGGCUGCAUUGUGAAGACACCUGUCACCCCCUCCCAACCCCCAGCUGCAUGUGCUCCUAUUCUCCUUUCUCUCCCCCAUCCUUGUAUCACUGUUGCACUUUGACUCCUUCCCCAUCCCUCUACCCCACCGUGAUGUAGAAGCUGCAGAGUGAGCAUCCUCAGUCCCCUUGGGCAUUGACUAUAGAUUCCCCUGGGGUUUCUGGAGUGUCCUCUGUUAAAAAUAAGACGUCUCUUUCUACUCCUCAACAAUAAAGGAUUUUCAC